CGGCGCCAUUCGCCGAGAAGACGAGCACACGCAGCAGCGCGUUGAGUGUGUUCAACGAUUCCAUCGUCAUUUGUCGAGAUCCAUCAACCUGAAAGAUGCCGAAAGGUUCAUCGUCAGUGUCGAAGGCCAAGGACUCCGGCAAGACCAAGAAGCUGCUCAAGCUCAAGUCCAAGCUCCAGCAAGCCGCCAGGGGCAAGAUCGGCAGCAAGCAGAGGGAGAAGAGGGGCAAGGGCGUUAAGUUCGACUAUGACCAGUUCGCCAAGCAGUUCCGAAAGCUGCAGGCAGGCGGCUCGCGGGCAGAUUGGGAGGUUGCCGACGACGAGAGCGUUGCAUCUGACGAGGCGUUUGAUGCCGAUGACGAGGAGCAGUACGGCGAGACUAUAGCGAGCAUCAAAUCGAGGGCAGAAGGGGCCCAAGAGGGACAAGAAGAGAGAGAGGAGUGGGACGAGGGCGACGAUCAUGACGAGCAGAUGGACGCCUCGGCCAAUCCAGGGCUCUUCCUGGACAGAUUCAUGUCUGAUGACAUCGACAUGCCCCUACCCGACCAGCCACCGGCCUCUCAGAAGCCCGCCAAGCGGCGAGGGAUGCCGAGCGGGCAACAUGACGACGAGGGAGAGGGAGAGGGGGAUGGGGAGGAAGAUGCGGAUGAUCUGUCGAAGCUCGUUGAGAUGCCUGACGAGAACGAUGCCCCUGACCCAGCAGAGCAGUUGCGCCGUCGCGUCUAUCAGGAGUCCAGGCCUGAAUCCGUCUUCGAUAUCGGCCCAGGUACGAUUGGGCCGCAACCGCGUGUAUGAUUGGAUGCCCGCUCGUUCGUUCGUUGUGUGUGUUGCCUUCCUGUUGUCAUUCAGACGCCGGUGGUCGACGGGAUCAGAUCACGACCGAUGACAUUUUGGCGACCCUCCAGACCGACGCCGCACCGCCGAGAGGCGAUGGUGCAGACCAGGACGAGGAGGAGGGGGAGGGGCAGCGAAGCGCUCGGGACGAUGGCGUUCGUGGCGCCGCCAGCCAACUGAGAUCUGAGCUAGAGACCCUGCAGAGAACAGUAGGCCGAUGGAUGGAUGGAUGGCCAACGAAAUGAAUGGACACGAUGUGUGUGGAUGUGAUACUGUGCCGCGUAUGUGUUGUGUGUGUGCAGACUGCCGUGAGUGAGCCGUUGUCAGAGCCCAAGGCGGCUCGUGUGGACAGGAAGCUCAAGUAUGACUUUGCGAGGAAGGACAUACAGAAGUGGCUGCCGCAGGUCAAGAGGAACAGGUCAGCCAGUCAGUGAGUGAGUGACGACAAACAGCCCCUUCAUCUCGCCUGCCCUCCUGCAUGUGUGUGUGUGUGUGUGUGUGUGUUGGUUCAGGGAGUCUGAGCAGCUGCAGCUGGGCCAGGUGCCUGACGGCCUCAACAACUCUAUGUAAGGGAAAGAACACACACACACACACGCAUAAGGCGACCGAAGGAGACACCGCACCGUACACUAACUACACUAUUCCGCUGUGGGUGUCAGGGCCAACAUCGUCUCCUCGUUCAAGCCAUCGACCGACUUCGAAAAGGUGCGCACUCACACCCGACCUAUCGCAUUCAUGGCCUUCUGGGCUGGGCGGGUCCUCAGGAGUUGUUGACGGCUCUGGAGGAGUCUGGUCUGCAGGAGAACGACAGAGCGGAUGAAAUGCCCGACGUGGGUGGCGGGGAAGAGGUGAGGGGGCGGGGAGGGGGAGGGGGGCUGCAUGCGCUGCGCACGUGGUGGGCAGGUCGGCAGGCAGGCAGGCAGGCAGGCAGUCGGUAGGUGGUGUAUAUAAUGAUGAGACUUGUGCCAUAGGAAGUGCCGUCUGAUGGGUGCCUUAUUGGAUCAGCACCCACACACAUGACGCACAACAGCACUGCUGAUCGAUACAUACAUCAUCGCACACACAAGCACCCACACACAUCAACGUGUGCACUCAUCACCGACCCCCUUCUUGGUCGCCCUGUCUCUGUGUGUGAUGUGUGUGUCCAUCAGUCCGCUACAUUGAAGCGUCUGAAGGCCCUGAUGUUCCGCGAGCAGCGCCGCAACGCCCGGCUGGCCAAGAUCAAAUCAAAGACCUGGCACAAAGUCCACAGAAAGGUACGCAUCCAUCGCACACCCACGCACACGACGCAGGGGGGAAGUGACAUCUGUGUGUGUGUGUCGUCAUCCCAUCCCAUGUCAGGCGGAGGCUCGCGAGAAGGAAAAGCUCAUGGCGCGGCUCGCUGUGGAGGACCCCGGUAAGACCAUAUUCAACACACUGCCGACUUUUGUGGACUCCCACUGACGCGCCUUAAUUGUUCAGAGCUGGCGCAGUCCAUCCAGAAGGAGUACGAAGAGAAGCGAGCCAGGGUAAGACAUCCAGUGCCCCACCAUAACGACACACCCACACAAUACCGUCAUCCCGUUGAUUUGAUUCGCUGCAGGUGCGUAUGUUGGAGCGGUCAACGGCGCGCAAGAAGUGGGCUCGACUGGCGGCUCGGUUCGGCGGCAAGGCCGUGCAGCCCCUCAUCACCGAAGCAGCACAGCGCGAACACGACGAGAAGGCCGCCAUCGACAAAAUCGCCAAGACCAAACCCGGCAACGCAUACACACAAGGUAGGUAGGGACACCGGUGGGGCGGGGCGGGCCAGCGGAGCAACACAAGACACAGACACACAAAUCGGGACCACUUGUUGCAGGGGAAGAUUCGGACGAAGAAGUUCAUUUGACAUCUGACGAGGAGGAGGAAGACGACGACAAGGCCGAGGGAGGUGGUGGUGGUGGCAGCUACGAGGAGCAGGUCAAGGGCAAGGCCAAGCUGCUCGCACUCGACGAGCUCAAACAGACUGACGGUGAGGGGAAGCGGCGGGCGAACCCAUUCACAUGGGUAUGGAUGUCUGUCUGCAUUUCGCAGAACCUCUGCCCGACACGGGUCUGUUUGCGCUGCCCUUCAUGCGCAAGGCCAUCGAAGAGGAGAGGUAGGAACCUUGCUUGCACACACCGACACCACACACACACGCACCGGUGUGUCCCUUCCUAUAUCUUCUGUGCGUCAGGGAGUCGAGCCGUCGUGAGGCCGAGAAGCUCCUGCAGGAGCUGGAGCAGGAGACCGACACCCAUCCACACAGAAGACCCGACCCACGAGACGACCUGCAGCUCGACCAAGAGGACAAAGAACCCGAUGACCACGAGAGCCAGCGGAUCGCCGCAGAGAAGGAGGCCAAACAGGCCGAGAAGGAGAAGAAGAAAAAAGCCAAGACCGUCCGCUUCCGGGAAGAGGACCUCGAGAAGGCCAGGGAAGAAGUGAAGGGGAUGCUUGGCCAGGACGGCGACCUCAUAAUGAUGGCUGGCGACCACACACACCGGCCUCGAGAGUCCCUCCCAUCUGCCGCCCUGCACACCAGCACCUCCACCAAGGUGCGCGUCGACCAGCCCCUCACCACACGUAUGCCGGCAAAGCGACCACGCGACGAGCACCAGCACACAGACGAGCAGGAGCACCCGCCAAACCCCUGGAUCGAUGGCUAUGUGCCUCCCAAGGACGACAGCAAAAAGAAGAGACGAAAGACCAAGAAGGGGCCGGCUGGUGGGGAUGGUGACGGUGAUGGGGCUGGUGGCGAGGAGGAGGAUGUGUUGGCAGGGUUUGACGUGGGCAGCACUGAGGAGAGGGAGCAGCAGCGGGAGCUGCUCAGACAAACCUUCCAGUCGUCGACACACGUACGCACAACCCACCCAACGCACUUUGUUUGCUUCAUUGCACCAAGUCCCCGGUCUGUCUGUGUGGGUGUGUCUGUAGGAGGACGAUUUUGUGCGUGAGGUGGGCCAAGACGAGGACGAGAAGCUCACCGCCGAAGAGAAGAACACAUCAGCAGGUUCGUUCACCACCCCACAACACACAACAUCCACACAUCAGACACAUAUCACCCUCUCUCUCUUCCCCUGAUUGGUUUUGUCAGAUCUGCCCGGGUGGGGCGAGUGGGCGGGGUCUGGUGUGCGUCCGAACCGCCGCAAGCAGCGGGAGAAGGAGGUGAAGGAGCGGCAGAAGCAGGCUGCCAUCGCCAAGCGAGAACACCAGGUGCGGCGGAAGCCUGUGAGCGUCACCCAAUGCCUCGACAGGAAGGCCGCCAAAUACUACACCACCACAGUAAGUCGGUCCCACACACCACACCGCACACAGACGCAAGGAGGGAGGAGGAAUGUUUGUGGUGUGGUGUGGUGGAUACUUACUUCAGGUGCCUCAUCCAUAUCAGUCCAAGCAGCAGUACGAUCGGAUGCUGCAGUAAGCAAGAGUACACACAAGGCCUGGGGGAGGGGCACCGACAAACAAAUCGCCCGUGUGUGUAUGUCAGGCACCCGACAGGCCCGGACUGGAACACCACUGCCGUCUUUCACCGACUGAUUCAGCCCAAGGUACCAACACGCAGACUCGCAGACAGACAGGCACAGCACAGAGGGGGACAGGACAACACUCCUGAACCCCUCUGUCAUGUCAUAUACUCACUCUUGUUUGUGUGCCAUCAGCUGAAUGUGCGUGUGGGUGCGGUGGUGCCCCCACUCCAACACGCCAAACACCUUUCGCCAAAGGUAGGGAGGGACAUCGAUGACACGCAUCUUCCUCGGUGUGACUGCAAUGACUGGACUGGUGGACUGCAUGUGGUACUUGGUGUGGCGUGUGGUUCAGGCUCGCGAUUCGUUGCUGCGUGCAUGGGACAGCAAGGCCAAGCCACAGCAGAGGAGAACCAAACUGUGAUGGAUCGUGAGGUUCUUGGGGCGGUCUGGUGACUUCUGUGUGUCUGUCUGUCUCGUUGGGCGUUCGUGGCUAUCGUGG